GACCCAUCUGAGAGCGGGACACCUGCCUGCUGGCUUCUUGGUUUGCUGAUUAAUUGACUAGUUAGCUAACUCCUAGCUACCUAUUUACUUCCCUUUUUUCCCUCCUUUUUUCUCCCCUCCCUCUCUUCCUUCUUUUCUUAUCUCCUAACCUCUUUCUUCCCAGCCAUCCCUCUGCCCUCUCGGCUGCAGGAUUUUCUUUCUCCCUAACUAACCUACUUACAUCCUCACUUCCCUCCCGCUUCUACCCCUUUCUUGUCUAACGUCCGGCUUUUCCCUGAAAUUCCAGGCCGCCGGAUCUGGGGUCGCAGUGCCUGGGAUCAGAUUCUGGGUCUGUCGUUUAUUGUCUCUGUGACUUGACCAAGGCACUCCCUGCCUCCAUGCCUUGGUUUCCUCCUCUUCAAAACAGGGAUGGUGAUAGCUUUGAACCUGUGGGGUUGUGGGAACCAAGUGAGGCCAGGCUGGAACUUGGUGGGGCAGGUGGGUAAAUGAAUCCAUUGCAGUGAAGACGGGGCAACCAAAGAGACAGGCACAGGGAAAGGAGAGAGGGUUCCCGGGGCCAGGAGGUGAUCUGGCAAGGCUCCCAGGGAAGGCAAUCGAGAACAGAUAGCUAGGUUGGUUGUGGCAGGGGGUUGGUGUUCAAAAAGUUCAUGGAAAAUGCAUAUUAAAAAAAAACUACACUCAGAUUUCCAAAAAUUUUUGUACCGAAAUCAAUUUAUCUCUUCAUUCUGUGUCUCCACAAACUUCUUGAAGUACCUUUGUGGAAGUCCAGAAAUGAGGAGAGAAUUGGAACUAGGGAGAGAGAUUUGGGAGCUGUCAAGUAUCGCUGCUUAUGUCAUUAAACUGGUUGCGAUCGAUUAGGGAGUAAGUGUAGACAGAGCUUCAUGACCGCGCCUGCCGGCAGGCCAGUAGUUAAACAUAAAAGGAAGGGGCGGAUCCAGCAGAAGUGACAGAGGACGAGCAGCCAGGAGCCAGAAGGACACUGAAGCCAAGUGGGCAGAGUGAGUGCGUCAAAGAGGGAGUUGAGUAAGGUGAGGAUGAAGGACCCCUCCCUGGCCUUGGCUCAUGGAGACCUCCGGUCCGUUGUCUCGUUGGGGUGUUCGGAUGAAAGCCUGUUGGGAACAGGUUCAAGAGAGCCGAGGGGGAGGAGUGGAGACCCUGAGUCCAGACUGAGAAGGGGAAAUGAGACAGCAUGUGGACAAGGUGUAGGUCUACCCAAAGUGGCCUUAGGUGGGACGUUUAGGUCAUUUCUGUCACUAUUAUUUUGCUGUGAUAAAUGAUGCUGCCAAUUGAAAACCCCUUGUCAUUGAAAAGAAAUGUCCUUGUCUCGGGUGUGUGUUCUGUCAACACGACGUCCUGCCGAUCUGUGUAUUAGUUCAAUAUUUCCAUUUUUUCUUUUCAAAGAUAGAAGACUCUGAUCUGUUCCUAGCAUUUUCUUGGGACAACCCCCCCAGGUCCCUGGCAUUUCAGAGCCCACAGAGAACUCUUCCCUGACUAAUGCCCUCCGCCCUAGCUCCACGCGUCCCUCCCCUGUCAUGUCCUGUAGCCACACGGAAGAACCACAAGGGAAGGGCAGAGUUGGGCCAGCCGGCACUUGCCCACUGCUCGGGAGCUCCUGGGGAGUGGAAGGGCCCAUGAGUACCUGCUGACUGCUCUAGGCAGCAAGGCCCUCAGGAGCCAGGCUGCUCUGGGACCUGGUUUCUUACACAGCAGCAGAGCUCUGGGCCAACCAGGCACAAUGCACCAGAGCCCUUGAAGGGCCAGCAAGGAGAGGCCCAAAGAGCCAGGUGCCCAGGAGUAUUCAAAGUCCAAGACCAGCUGGACAGAGCCAGACACCUGGGCCUCAAAUUCUUCUUGAAACGUCUGCAGGUUCUUGGUGUCCAAGGGCUCUCAGCUUCAGGGGCUGAGGUCUCUGGGACCUCUUCUUCAGCCCCAGAUGGUCCCCAUGGGGCCUGGAUAGGCCUGGGGCAUCAUAGUUUCUUAUAGACAGGCCCCUACACACUUAUACAGCUGUGCAUACCGAGAAAUUCACUGAUGUACACCGAUAUGAGCAGACACAUGAUGCCAUACCUAUAGACAUGAUUACACAGUCAUACACAUAUUCCUAGACAACUAUAUUCAUCUUCAGACACACAGACACUCAUGUGUGCACACUGACACAUGCAUGUUAACAUACGUGAAAAUGCACACUUGCACCGACUACAUCCAUACACAUGCCACACACACUGAGCAGGGAUGCACACAGUUCCAGAGGCACAGACACAGAGAUAAAUAUACCAAUGGGGUCACGUGGACACACACGUGCAGUCAUCUCUACCCAGACUCAUACACACUGACACAAAUUCCUGAAAUACACAGCUGCAGACACAAAAACACUGAAGCACAUUGAGGCACAAAACACUUGCACACACACCCUGACUCACACAGUCACACACAUUCUAACAAGCCCCGAGGGUUUCCAGGGCUCUCCUCGGGCUGUUGCCCUCCCCUCUUAACCCCUCCCCCACAGGGUACCAAGGUUUUCACCCUCUCCUAAGCUCUGCUGGACCCCACGUGACACUGACCAGCCCCCUUGCUGCAGCGCUGGGAGAUCCGAGCUCUGUGCUGGGGCCAGGCUGGCACCAGGCAGACACUUCGGCCCUUGUUGGGAGAACAGAGAGCCUCUCUUGUCUACUGCCCGUCCUCAGCCCCGACUGCUGGUUCCCUCUGGAAACCUGUCUUCGGACUGCGCAGAGCCCACCUAAUCACAGCUACAGAAUGGCCUCUAGCCCCACCAGGACCCCCAACACACAGUCCGCAGGGGCCAGUGGGAACAUCAACCUGGGGCCUUCAGCCAACCCAAAUGCCCGGCCCACAGACUUCGACUUCCUCAAAGUCAUUGGCAAAGGGAGCUAUGGGAAGGUGCUGCUGGCCAAGCACAAGUCCGACGGGAUGUUCUACGCCGUGAAAGUGCUGCAGAAGAAGUCCAUCUUGAAGAACAAGGAGCAGGGUCACAUCAUGGCGGAGAGGAAUGUGCUACUGAAGAACGUGCGGCACCCCUUCCUCGUGGGCCUGCGCUACUCCUUCCAGACCACAGAGAAGCUCUACUUCGUGCUUGACUACGUCAACGGCGGAGAGCUCUUCUUCCACCUGCAGCGGGAGCGCCGGUUCCUGGAGCCCCGGGCAAGGUUCUACGCCGCAGAGGUGGCCAGCGCCAUUGGUUACCUGCACUCUCUCAACAUCAUUUACAGGGACCUGAAACCAGAGAACAUUCUCUUGGACUGCCAGGGACACGUGGUGCUGACGGAUUUUGGCCUCUGCAAGGAAUGUGUGGAGCCCGAGGAGACCACGUCCACGUUUUGUGGCACCCCCGAGUACCUGGCUCCCGAAGUGCUUCGUAAGGAGCCUUAUGAUCGGGCCGUGGACUGGUGGUGCCUGGGGGCAGUCCUCUACGAGAUGCUGCACGGCCUGCCGCCCUUCUACAGCCAAGACGUGUCCCAGAUGUAUGACAACAUUCUGCACCAGCCGCUGCAGAUCCCCGGGGGCCGGACCGUGGCUGCCUGCGACCUCCUGCAAGGCCUUCUCCACAAGGACCAGAGGCAGCGGCUGGGCUCCAAAGCAGACUUUCUCGAGAUAAAGAACCAUGUAUUCUUCAGCCCCAUAAACUGGGAUGACUUGUACCACAAGAGGCUGACUCCACCCUUCAACCCCAACGUGGCAGGACCUGCUGACCUGAAACACUUUGACCCAGAGUUCACCCAGGAAGCCGUGUCCAAGUCCAUCGGCUGCACCCCUGACAGUGUAGCCAGCAGCUCCGGGACCUCAAGUGCAUUCCUGGGAUUUUCCUACGCGCCAGAGGACGAUGACAUCUUGGACUCCUAAAGAGAUGCUCCUGUGAAACCGCGGAGGCCAGCUGGAACCAGCAAGGAAUGGCUCAGAGAAGCAGCGGCUUCCAGGAGACACAGGCUUAUGUAGAAUAGCGUCAGGCGGCCCAGGGCUGGUGAGAGGUCAUCGAGUGCUCAGAGGUUUUCCGUAUUUCUACCCUGCCCGCCUGGGCAAACGGCUUCCUGUUUUAGGGUUGCUACACUACCACUCGAAGGUUCCUGGGGCUCCAGCUUCCAGUUUCGUGUUCUGGGUGGGAAAAGGAAGAAAGGUGGGGGGAGGAGGGGAAGCAAAAAGGCGCCCUGAAAGCCCUUCCCAGAAGCCUUCCCUCCCCCAGUGACUUCUGUGGACAUUCCUUAGGUACCCAGUCCUACUGGGCUGGAGGCUGGCGAUGUGGCUUACUAGCUGGACACAUGGCUCUGCCUAGUACCAAGGGGGCUCUGAAAUUGCGAGAGGAGGGAGAGUUGGGUAGGCAACCAGCACUCUCCACCAGUGUUCUGGGUUUGACCUCAACGCCUAAAAUGAUGGAGAUGGGACGGACCUAGAGGGGGUUACCUGACAGCUUGUACUGCUCCGUGUUGCUGGUGUCUUUCCUGUGGGUAGUACUGGGAUUUGUUGUUGGGUUUGGCCGCCUGGCAUCUGAAUCCUUUCCUAAAUUCAGGGAGUCCCUGACCUCAUGACCCUUGAUGAGGGGCAGUAACUACCUCCACUUCAAACAGCCGAGAAGCUGGAGACUGACCUUCGCAGCCUCCAUGAGCCAGGGCCAGGCUCGGGGCCCAGGGAUGCACCUGUGCGGAGCGUGGACUCAAAGGACGGACGGGGAAGCUCUUCCCUGUGGUAGCUGUGGUGACAGCACCCACAAAACCGAGUUCCUGGCAUGGACGUGACAACAGGGGCAGCACCAGCAGUGGUUUCCUCCACCCACCAGAGCCGCAGCGUCAUUGCUCAAAGCCUCCAGCCUCAUUCUCAGGCUUUCCCUGUGAUUUUUUUGAGCACUUCUGAUCUCUUUAACACACUCCUUUUCUUGCUUGAUCGACCAAGGUCGGCUUCCGAGCACCUGCCUGUCCUGCACCAGUGUCUGGGCUAGCUUCUUUCAUGUCUGUUACCAGAUUUCAUGUAAACAAUCUUAAGGUAGAAAUUAUUCUUUUUUUUUUUUUUUAACCAAUGGAGAAAUAAUCAGAAAAGUUACUCCUUGCCUGUGGUUACAGAGCUGGUAAGGACACAGC